AUGUCAUCUGCAAUUAACAUGUACCAAGUUCAUUAUUUUGUGGUUUUUGUCAGGUUUGAGCCUCAAGCUUUGGAUCUAAAAUUCUUGUAUGGUUGCCAAAACCCUACAAUUGUUGUUCUAUAUCAGGAUAACAAUGAUGCCCGGUAUGUCAAAACAUAUGAGGUGCCCUUGGAGGAUGACCGCCUUACUGAACGCAGAAAGUUUCUUUGGGCUCUGAACAAUCUUGAUAAUGGAGCUUCUUUGCUAAUACCAGUAUCUCAGCCACUGUGUGGUGUACUGAUUAUUGGAGAAAAAGCCAUUGUUUACUGUGACGCUUCAGCUGUUAAUGAUACUUACCCAAUUGGACGUGGCUUACAUUCUAUAAGAACAUAUGGGCAAGUUGAUGCUUAUCGGUAUUUGCUUGGGGAUCGUAUUGGGCGUCUUCACCUACUUGUAAUCACUCAUGAAAAGAAGAAAGUUACCAGAGUCACAAUCAAUCAUUUGGAAGAAACUUCUGUUGCAUCAACCAUUUCAUAUCUAUGUGACUCUUUUGUCUAUAUUGGCUCAAGCUAUGGAGAUUCACAGCUAGUAAAGCUGAAUCUCCAGCACGACAAUGGAGUCUCUUCUGUGGAAGUUGUAAAGAGUUAUGUCAAUUUGGGACCUAUUGGUGACUUCUGUGUUGUUGACCUGGAGAAGCAAGGUCAAAGUCAGGUUGUGGCUUGCUCUGGAGCUUAUAAGGAUGGCUCGCUUCGUAUUGUUCGUAGUGCAAUUGGAUUACAUGAACAGGCGUCUGCGGAGCUAGAAGGGAUCAGAGGAAUGUGGUCCCUUCGUUCAGCUACUGAUGAUUCAUACGAUACAUUCUUAGUUGUUAGCUUCAUUCGUUCGACAAGGUAUUUUAAAAUGGACUCUGUGCUGGAAGAAGUGGACUCUGAGUCUGUGCUGGGAGAAACUCUGAUAGAGGGUUUCAAUUCUGAAGACCAGACCUUGUUUUGUCAUGAUGCUGUAUACAAUCAGCUUGUACAGGUUACUCCAAAUUCUGUAAGAUUGGUCAGUUCUACCUCUAGAGAUCUGAUAGACGAAUGGUUUGCUCCAGAUAGCUGCUCGUUGACUGUUGCAACUGCUAACGCCACUCAGGUCCUGUUGGCUACUAGUGUUGACCUUCUGGUAUGCCUAAAAAUUGGUGACGGGUUUUUGGAGGAAAUAAAAAGGGUUAAGUCGGGUUAUUGUGUCUCGUGCCUGGACAUAAACCCAAUUGGUGAGAAAGCAAACUCUAGUAGAUUUGCAGUAGUUGGAAUGUGGCAAGAUAAAAGUGUCAACAUAUAUUCACUUCCCGAGUUGGAUCUCAUUAAAAAGGAAAAGUUAGGAGGGGAGAUAAUUCCUCGUUCUGUUCUAAUGUGUUCCUUCGAAGGGAAAUCCUAUUUGCUAUGUGGCUUGGGAGAUGGCCAUCUCUUGCAUUUUGUAUUGAACAUGACUACUGGUGAGCUGACAGAGAGGAAAAAAGUGUCUCUUGGGACCCAACCCAUAACACUUCGUACAUUCUCAUCUAAAGAAGCUAUACGUGUCUUUGCUGCCUCCGAUAGACCUGUAGUUAUAUGGAGCUGGAAUGAGAAGUUACUUUAUAGCGAAGUAAAUCUUAAAGACGUUAUCCAUAUGUGCCCAUUCAAUGUUAAAGCUUUUCCAAAAGGCCUUGCAAUCACUAAAGAAGGCCGGUUAGCAAUUUGCACUAUUGAUGAAAGACAAAAGCUUCACAGCCACUCAAUACCCCUUAUGGGAGAGCAUGCACUCCGCAUCAGCCAUCAAGAGCAGUCAAGGACUUUUGCUAUAUGCAGCGUGAAGUAUGAAAAUGGAGAUGACUCUGGCAGGCUUGUCCGCCUAUUAGAUGAUCAAACAUUUAAGAGCAAAUCGACUUACAGCCUUGACCAAUUGGAGCGCGGUUGUUCUAUACUUAGCUGCUCCUUUUCCGACGAUGAUAAUGUGUAUUAUUGCGUUGGGACUGCAUAUAUGAUGCCAAAGAAAAAUGAAUGUACCAAGGGCCGAAUAUUAGUUUUACAAGUUUUACGUGAAGGAGAAGUCAAACUAGUUGCACAGGAGGAAACUAAUGGAGCUGUCUACUCCGUAAAUGCCUUCAAUGGGAAACUGCUUGCUGCGAUCAAUGAGGACAUUCAAUUGUACAAGUGGGCAUCAUGUGAGGAUGGCGAAGGGCGAAAAUUGCAGCCAGAAUGUCGACACCAUGGUCGUGUACUAGCUCUUUAUGUUCAAACACGUGGUGAUUUUAUUGUCGUUGGUGAUGCGAUGAAGUCCAUUUCUCUACUUAUUUUCAAGGAAAAAAAAGGUGUUGGUGUUUUAGAGGAGCGAGCCCGUGAUUGUGAUGUAAAGUGGAUAUCAGCUGCUGAGAUCCUCGAUUCUGAAACAAUUCUUGUUGCUACAAAUAAUUUGGAUAUUGUCACUUUCAAGGAACAUGUUAGGGAUUGUCGGGUUGUGGAUAGUGACGAUGAUAUGGAUGAUGAAUAUACUCUUGGGGUGACUAGGACUCUUGGUGACGAUGAUAUGGAUGAUGAAUUUGGAUGUACUCUUGGGGUGACUAGGACUAUUGGGGUGAUUAGGAUGUACCACCUUGGUGAAUUUGUUAAUAGGUUUCGACACGGUUCGCUUGUCAUGCAGUUUUCAGAUUCCGAAAAAAUACCCACCGUCAUAUUUGGCACAGCGAAUGGUGUUAUAGGGCUCAUUGCCUCACUUCCUCCUGAGAAGUCUGCAAUUUUGGGAAAGCUGCAGGCAAUCUUGAGAAGAGAGAUAAAGGGUGUGGGAGAACUGAGCAGCGAGAAGUGGAGUUGGAGCUCCGAGCAGCAGAAUACUUAUGAUUAUAAAAGCUUUCUCGAUGGAGAUUUGAUUGAAUCAUUCCUAGAACUUAGCAAGAACCAGAAGGAAGAGAUUUCUCGAGAAUUGGAAGUUAAAUUUGAGGAAUUAAUGAAGACAGUGGAAGAGUUGACCAUGUUGCAUUAGUUAAAUCGUUUGGUAUUAGUUUUGUAUUAGAAAAAAGAAUGCAAAGUAUUAGCUUGUGCAUUACUAAUUUGGUAUUAUUGUAUGUAUAGCUAAUACAUAACAAAUCACUGUAUUAGCAUUACAAUGGUUUUUAAUAGUUGCCUAAACUUGGUUAAAGACAUAAUUUCCCUAAUCACACUAAA